AUGAUAAAAGUAUGGAGGUUAGGUCUCAUGUCUUACGAUACAGCUUUAAAAAUUCAAAUGGCCAUCGCGAGGAAACAUUUAGAUUCUAUGACAAAAGGAACUGAUGUUGACUAUGAUACAUUGCUCCUCGUAGAACACAAACCGGUUUAUACAGUUGGUAUCAGAGAUGAUACUCCAAACGAUGAAAUAAAUAGACUAAGAGAAUUAGGCGCUGAGUUUCGAAAAACAAACCGUGGAGGUCUAAUCACAUUUCAUGGUCCAGGUCAAUUAGUUGCAUAUCCUGUAAUUAACUUGAAACAUUAUAAAACUAGUGUCAAAUGGUAUGUGAAUAGCUUGGAGCAAACUAUUAUCAAUUUAUGUGAAGAAUUGGGUAUAAAAGCUAAUCGUUCACCCCACACCGGGGUAUGGAUAGAAGACAACAAAAUUGCAGCUAUUGGAAUCCAUGCAUCAAGAUAUGUGACAAGUCACGGAAUCUCAUUAAACUGUGAUAAUGAUCUGUCCUGGUUUGAUCACAUUGUACCAUGUGGAAUCGAAGAUAAAGGAGUCACCUCACUCACCAAUGAAACUGGUGUCAAAUGUACCACAGACAUCAUAACUCCGAUGUUUUUGAAAAAUUUUGAAAAAGUUUUCGGUUGUAAAUCGGAAGAUAUUGAUACAGAAAUGCAAGAAGACAUAUUAAAUAGUUUAUACUGCAAGCUUAUGGACUCAACAGUUUGA